AAGCGCCCUGUCUAGCUGGCAGCGGUAGUAUUGGGCCUAUCUAACUCCUUCUUCUCUGCAGGAUCCGGUUUGACCUUGAAAUUUUGUUAACGAAUGAGUGCAUUUUUGUGACCCUACCGAUUCAUAGAGGAAUAUUCAUUUGUGUCCCCUAGCGGAGAAGAGACGGACUUACAAUGUCAAAUGAAAGAAAAAAAGGGAUGAUCGCCAUGUCUGAAUCCCGCUGUUGAGAAGUGGAAAACGGCUGUGUGUGCCCGAGAGAGCGUCGAAGAUUCGGCUGGCGGGUCCUGUUCGGGCCGGCUCCCCGGGAUGUCGGAAAGUGCAGGGGUCCCGCAGGGUUCCCCUGCCGUCGGAGCCUCGGGUUCGGCCCCGGCAGCGCCUGGAGCCGGGGGAACGGAGUGUUCGGGCUCCGCGGUCGGAUCUGCACGUAUCGCCGUCAAGAAGGCGCAGCUCCGCGCCUCCCCGCGACCGAAGAAACUGGAGAAACUGGGAGUGUAUUCUUCUUGCAAGGCAGAGGGAGCAUGUAAAUGUAACGGGUGGAAGAGCCAGAAUCCUCCCCCCACCCCCCCACCACCCACCCCACCUCGGGCAGAGCAGCUGGUGAUGGUCAACCUGAUGGAGCCCUGUCGGAGCUGCAGCCACGCCCUCAGUGAUCAUGUGACUCACCUGCAGCACGUGUCAGAGGAGGAGGUGAACAGGCUCUUGGGCAUCGCGUUGGACGUGGAGUACCUGUACAACUGCGUGCACAAGGAAGAGGACCCUGACACCAAGCAGGUCUACUUCUCCCUCUUCAAGCUCCUGAAGAAAUCUAUUUUGCAGAUGGGAAUGCCAACAGUAGAAGCCCUGGAAAGCCCCCCAUUUGAGAAGCCCAGCAUUGAACAGGGGGUGAAUAACUUUGUGCAAUACAAGUUCAGCCACCUGCCCUCACGAGAACGCCAGACCAUCGUGGAGCUGGCCAAGAUGUUCCUGAACCAGAUCAAUUACUGGCAGCUUGAGACUCCCUCCCAGAGGCGACAGCGGGCACCUACGGAUGAUGCGGCCAGCUACAAGGUCAACUACACCAGGUGGCUGUGCUACUGUAACGUCCCUCAGUUCUGUGACAGCCUGCCGCGCUACGAGGCGACUCAGGUGUUUGGCCGGACGCUGUUGCGCUCAGUCUUCACCGUCAUGAGGAAGCAGCUCUUGCAGCAGGCGCGUCACGAGAAGGACAAACUGCCCCCAGAGAAACGCACACUCAUCCUUACACACUUCCCAAAAUUUCUGUCUAUGCUUGAAGAGGAGGUGUAUAGUAACAGCUCUCCAAUCUGGAGUGAAGACUUCCUCAUGGGCUCCACUGGUGACCAAGUACCCAUUCAUACAGUUCUAAGUGCCACUUCGGUAGCCAGAUCAGCAUACUCCAGCAGCAGUCCAAGUCCAGUGGAGUCAGUGGGCAUGGGGGGAGGUAGCCCUGCCUGCAAACCUGCCUCAAUGCUCGAGAGGAGUCCAGCAGGUGUUGAGAAGCGGAGGUUAGCAGAACCGCUGUCUCAGGAGGACUGUAAGCGUGCUCGAGUGAUUGGAGACAUCCCUAUGGAGCUCAUCAAUGAGGUCAUGUCCACCAUCACCGACCCCUCAGCCAUGGUGGGACCAGAGCAGCCGUCUCUGUUGUCGGCCCACUCUGCCCGAGACGAGGCGGCUCGGCUGGAGGAGCGUCGAGGGGUGAUCGAGUUCCAUGUCAUCGGGAACUCCCUCAACCAGAAGCCCAACAAGAAGGUGCUCAUGUGGCUGGUGGGCCUGCAGAAUGUCUUCUCCCACCAGCUGCCGCGCAUGCCCAAGGAGUACAUCACUCGACUCGUCUUCGACCCGAAGCACAAAACGUUGUCUCUAAUCAAAGAUGGCCGCGUAAUCGGUGGGAUCUGCUUCCGGAUGUUUCCGUCGCAGGGCUUCACUGAGAUCGUCUUCUGUGCCGUCACGUCCAAUGAGCAGGUCAAGGGCUAUGGCACACAUCUGAUGAACCAUCUGAAAGAGUAUCACAUCAAACACAACAUCCUCAACUUCCUCACCUACGCAGAUGAGUACGCCAUCGGCUACUUCAAGAAGCAGGGCUUCUCUAAGGACAUCAAGGUGCCGCGGGCCAAGUACAUGGGCUACAUCAAAGACUACGAGGGUGCUACCCUCAUGGGCUGUGCCCUCAACCCCAACAUCCCCUACACAGAGUUCUCUGUCAUUAUCAAAAAGCAGAAAGAGAUUAUUAAGAAAUUGAUUGAGCGGAAGCAAGCUCAGAUCCGUAAGGUGUAUCCAGGCCUGUCCUGUUUUAAGGAGGGAGUUAGGCAGAUUCCCAUUGAGAGUAUUCCCGGUAUCCGGGAGACUGGCUGGAAACCUUUGGGUAAAGGGAAGGAGCUCAAGGAUCCAGACCAGCUGUACAGCACCUUAAAGACCAUCCUACAGAACGUCAAGAGUCACCAGAGUGCCUGGCCAUUCAUGGAGCCAGUGAAGAAGAGUGAGGCCCCAGGUUACUACCAGGUCAUCCGCUUCCCCAUGGACCUGAAGACGAUGAGUGAGCGCCUGAAGAGCCGGUACUACACCACGCGGAAGCUCUUCAUGGCCGACAUGCAGCGCAUCUUCACCAACUGCCGCGAGUACAACCCUCCUGAGAGCGAGUAUUACAAAUGCGCCAGCCUGCUCGAGAAGUUCUUCUACAGCAAGAUCAAAGAGGCGGGACUUAUUGACAAGUAGGGGGAGGGGCUUGUGGAGGCCACCCCCACACAGCUUCCUUCCUUCCUGUGUGACUCUCGCUGUUCUUUUGUCAGACUGUUUGUUUGUUUGUUUGUUUGUCUGUUUGUCUGUAUGUUUUGUACUUCUCCAGCACUCUUAAAUCUGUUUGCAGUCUGCAGCACCUGUUAUAGUUGCACAGGUAGAUCUCCUAGGUCGCAUGGGGUCCUGCCGGGUGUGUGUGUCCCUAGCGUCUGAGGCUGUCUGGAGGGCUCGUUAGCUUGCGCCUCAGAGAAAGCUCUGGAAGGAUGACUGAUUGUCCAGUACCCAGUGGGCCUAAGCCUCAGAGAGAGUUGAACCCAUUCAGUUUCCAGGGCGUGUUCUAAGUAUAUGGUUUUUGAACGACUUACAGUAUGUUAACUGAGUGUUAACAGAGUGAGUGAUAUACCUCCUGAUAGAAGAGUGUUAUUCUCUUAAAGGAACAUGUCAACUUUGGGGGAAAUUAGCUUAUUAACAGUUUACCCCAGAGUUAGAUCGAGGAUGUGUACCCUUCGCUUCUCUGUGUGUGCAACAACCCGGUCUGACACUCUUAGUCUAGCUUAGCAUAAUUCACUGGAAAUUAGUUAUUCUAGUUAGUAACCUAUAGCUUGCAUCGUUAAAAGGGAGUUACAGGCUAACUGGAACGUCUUUUUCCAGUAAAUAGGCUAAGCUAACAGUCUGGGUUGUUUCUCACACAGAGAAGAGAAGGGUUUGUAUUCUUGUAUGUAUUAUGCUGCAUUCCAGACAACUCGGAUGUCGGAUGUCGAACUUUGAAGAUAAUAAUAAUAAUACAUUUUAUUUAAAGGCGCCUUUCUUGGCACUCAAGGUCACCAUACAUACAUACAUAAAACAUUUAAAGAGAAACUAUGCAGGAUUGGCAAUUUCAUCUUAAGUUUCGAUUUUGUUUUUCAUUUUCGCUCGUUUUAUGCUUGCAUAUUUCUCUACAGAGCUUCCCCGACAGCUUUAGUGUGUAUAUUUAUACAUAUAUAGGCUAUAUAUAAAUAUAUAAAUUGCAAUCAUGGUUCUUCUUGUUCUUUAUGCGUCUCAGCCUUUCAGAUGUAAACAGGGAACGAUCAUCUCCUGAACAAACUGCAAGGUUGCAAUAGCGGAUAGGGACACUGGGGGCGGGAGGAAAUAUUACUGUUUUCGAUAAAACUGGUCAGUCAAGCAAAACAACGAUUUCUAAGCGAUUUUAUGACUAUGAUAAAGUUGCAUAGGGUCUCUUUAAAACACAUCAAUAAAAUAUGUAUAUAUCGUAGAACCGAAAAAUGGAAAGUUCUAAAGUUAAAAGGUUACCGGCGAGCAGCGGCAGCUAGUUGUGCCAGCGUUCACUCGUUCAAAAGUGUGAACUCCGACUUGGUGUUCCAUUGUACUUUUUCCUUGUAGGAGGUCAGAAUUCUUGACUUCCGAGUGUGUCUAGAAUGAAAUUGGGAGAUUCCAACUAGGAAAUAUCAGACUUCCGAGUUGUCUGGAAUGCAGCUUUUGGUCUAGGAUAGAGACGCCAAAUAAGCUAAAUUCUCAAUAUGUUGGCGUGCUCCUUUAAUAAAACAAGGUUAUAUGGUUCCAUAUGAGCAGAUGUACCACUUCCUCUAAUCCAUGCUAGUCGUAUGUACUUGGAAUACCCCCUGAUGGAUCAGUGCCCUGGAAGUACCACACAGACCACUCUCUCUCUCUCCAGUGCAGACCACUGGGGUGUGUGCUCAUCUGGGGUCUGCUAUUGGCUGUAGCAAGCCAGGCUUUAGUCUAAUGUGUGUAUGUGUGUAUGCGCGCGUUUUAGUGUACAUAUGUGCGUUUGCUUUUGUGAGUUUGUACAUUGUGUGUGUGUGUGUGUGUGUGUGUGUGUGUGUGUGUGUGUGUGUGUGUGUGUGUGUGAGAGAGUGUGUGUGUGAGAGAGUGUGUGAGAGAGUGUGUGGUUUCAGAUGUUUAUAUGAUUUGCUUGGUUUCAUUUCAGACAGAGGUGCUCUUUCAGCCAAACUA